AUGACCUCCUUGGUCAGCAGUUCUCACCUGCAACUAGCUGGGUUUGCUUUUGGUACAGUAGGCUGGAUCUUGUGCAUGAUUUCAAUGGGACUUGUGGAAUGGAGAGUGUGGCAUGUGGACAACACCACCAUCAUCACCUCUGGUGUUGCAUGGGUGGGAAUUUGGAAAGUCUGCUUUAUCAGUUACCUCCACAUCUCCCCUGGUCUUAAAGAACAGUUCUGUCAUAAAUUCAACAAUUAUGAGGCCUUCAUUCCCCAUGAAAUUUAUGUUGCUCAGGGCCUCUUGCUGGCUGCCAUGGUCAUAGGUGCACUAGCACUGGGCUCUACUGUAAUUGCUCUGAGGAAUAUUUAUAUGGGAAUACUUUACACAAGUAAAAUCUCCAGGUUUUUUCUAGCAGGUGGAUUCUUGUACAUAGUUGCUAGUCUUUGUGUCUUAGUUCCAGUGAGCUGGAAUUUCUAUGCUGUUACACAUAACCAGAGUAUCCCAUUCCCUCCUCCUUACUACAUGCCUUCUAGCCCAGAGGCACAGGAAGUUGGUGCUGCUAUUCCUGUUGGGAUCAUAUCUGCCAUCCUGCUAAUGAUGAGUGGGACUUUUUCUCUCUCCUACAGAUUUCUUGUAACUGCAAACAUUAGAGAGGAGUCUUGA